CGACAGCAGCUGGAGGGCAGAGGAGGCGGGUUCGUGUUUUCCGGGCCGAACCGGGCUACGAGGGGCGCGGGGCCUGGGCCAAGGCGGUGGCGGAAGGCCCGCCGUGACAGCAUGGGUGAAGGGGAGCGGGGCGGGCGAGCCGUGGGCUGCUUUGGGCGGGGUAGGUUCGCGGGGCUGGCGGGCCGGAGCCCCAGGUCCAGGUCGGGGAUCUGACCCAUGGUUGGUGUUCCCCGAACCCGCAGCGCGGCCCGUCCUGUCCCCGCCAUGAGGCCGCAGCAGGCGCCGGUGUCCGGGAAGGUGUUCAUUCAGCGAGACUACAGCAGUGGCACCCGCUGCCAGUUCCAGACCAAGUUCCCCGCGGAGCUGGAGAACCGGAUUGAUAGGCAGCAAUUUGAAGAAACAGUUCGAACUCUAAAUAACCUUUAUGCAGAAGCUGAGAAGCUUGGGGGCCAAUCCUAUCUUGAAGGCUGUUUGGCUUGUUUAACAGCAUAUACCAUUUUCUUAUGCAUGGAAACUCAUUAUGAGAAGGUUCUGAAGAAAGUCUCCAAAUACAUUCAAGAGCAGAAUGAGAAGAUAUAUGCUCCUCAAGGCCUCCUCCUGACAGAUCCUAUUGAGAGAGGACUUCGAGUUUUUAGAUUGAAAUUACCAUUUAUGAAGACAGAGGCAUAAGCAGUGGAAGAUAAACCAUAAAAUUAAAGAUCCCACCUCCAGCUGGGACCCUCAUCUAUCCACUGGCCGAUCGCAGAGUGUCCCUACCUCCUCUCCAGAGCAUCAUUCCUUUGUAUCUGCUGCCAGAGCCACGGUGCCAUUUACUCCAAGGACUAACUUUCUAAAAUUCCACACCUGGAGUGACCUCUAGUCGCUCAGCAUCCACUUUAUGUCUCCAAAUUGUGUAGGACUGUGUAAUCUUUUGAUUAGUUUCUAAGAAAACACAAUGAAGCAUUUCACUUUUUUAUCCAAAGCCAUUUAAUAAAAUAUGCAGUUGGUCAGCCCAGCCCAAUGCAAAGUUCAUUUCUUAUCUGCCACCAGUAUGCACCAUUGGUUCCCUCCAUUCUUUGGGCCAGCUUCUCAGGUGGCUUUGGGCUUCAUCAUGUCAUAGCUUAGCCAGUAUUCAGUCUUAUUCCCCCAAAUUAAUAAAAUGCUUUUCUCCAGGAUUUUGGUGAGGGGUUGGCUGUGUCUGUGGUUUUGCUAAUCCAUCUCCCAGAUUUCAAAGAACUACCAGUUUUGCCAUAACUCAGAUCUUAAGAUCUAUUUCUGCUAUUCAGUUUCUCAAACUGAGGCUCAUUAAAAAAAUGUAUGAUGUUAUUUGUUUUAUUAUAGCAAUUAUUCCUAAUUAAAGCAGUAUUUAAUGCAAUUUCCAAUUAUUUCCUUUGGAGAAUUUUAUGUUAUUAUUGUAUUACCUUGAAUUUUGGGAAGAUGUGGUAUGUGUUGCUUGUUCAUUACAAAAAUAAGUAAGCACAAUAAAGUGGAUGCUAAACCAUCAAACACAUAAAUGUCCCUGCUGUGUCCCUGAAUGUGUAAUAAGCAAGUAUAAUAAAUAUUUUAAUUAUAGUUUUGUUAUAAAUAUAACUUAUGAGAAAAAAUUUGAUAGGACUAAUACUGUAUAUUACUAAUUUUUAACUGUCCCUCCUGGAAAACCUUAUAACUCACAGAAUUUCCUCCUAUACAGUAUUCAGUACACAGAAAUCUUAUGAUUGGGUUAAGUACAGUAAGUUAAUUUAUUUCUAAGUAAAACUCCAGUCUGAGUCAAUAUUUCUAGCUCUCCUUCUGGCUGUUCGUUCUUAGUAUCAGGGCUUCUUGCACCUUUUACUCACCUUAGGGGUUUGAGAGCGCUGUAUUCCGGAGAAAGUUAAGAAAUACAUUGGAGAAGUGAAACAGUUAAGAGUUUUACUUUGAGAUAUUGUAGGUGCUAAUAUUGGAUUUACUCUUUCAGAUUUAAUUUCUUUUAUGGGUCUGUUAGUUACUCAACAAAUCCCAUAGGUUUGUGUAAUAUUGUGUAAUUGUGUAAAAACUCUUUUGUUACUUUACAGCCUGUAAUAGUGUGUCUGUCUGCCUUUUAAACCCGUUGCAAUAACUUUCCUGAAAUAUUAACACAUUAGUAAAACUUUUCUUAAACAAA